AUGUCUACAACAUCUUCUCUAUCUGCGCCAUUCCCUACCUUACUGGACGCGAUACUGCACUACUAUCCCCUUGCUUCCAAUCAAUCAAACUCGCUCCAAUCCCCUGCAACACCUCUGUUGCCUUUUCCUCCUUCAAUAUCUGACCAUCAACGACGGCAAUCUUCCAUAUCUUCACCCCCUUGGCCUUCACCUACGCGACGUUCCGCUUCCCGGUUCAUAUCUCAUGAUACGCAGGCAAACAAGGUGCCUGAUAUACAAGCUCCAAUCGCUCAACCUCUUCCAACCCCUCGUCGAGUACCCCACGAUCCGACUCACCUGUCUCCCAACAGAGGAGCCGGUGCCUCAGAACGAAGGACAAGAGGUGAUAAAGAAAACAUGCUACCUGGCGAGGAACAAUAUUCACCUUCGUCAAGUUAUGGACGUAAUGCAAGAGGUUCAGCAUCUCCUUCUCGUCCCAUGAAAUUAUCCGCUCUCUCACCACUUCAAACUUUUUCACCACUUCAGCCGAAACAGGCUUCUUUGCCCUCAGCAUCUGCUUCCGACGCCGGAAGUCUUAGUGGACGAAGUAGAGCUAGCUCUGUAACGAAAUCUCUGAGUAGAAGACAAAGUUUGAUUGCUCAUGCUGCCAACUGGGGUGCGGGUGGUGGUGAACAACAAGCACAACCAGAUGCAGGCAACUUGUUUUCAAGGUUGACAUUGGUCAAAGCACCUGCAGGAGAUGCCAGUGUCAGGAGGCAUAGUCGAUCUAAAUCCUCGUCCGCUCUGACGCCAUUUACGUCUUUCGCCGCAGCCGGUGAUAGUCCAGCUACAUCCAACCGGGGUCCACGAAGAUCGUUUGCAGCUUCAUCCUUUGGUGGUACUUCGCCCCUGCCCAUCGUACGUUCUACAAUGCAAGAGAUGAAUUCUUCACUUCACCGAGUCGGUUCUUUCCACGGUGAUGCAGAUGACAGAAACAUUCAAAGCAAGCGUUUCUCCCCCGAUGAAGUGGUCGAUAUAGCUCGAGGGCUUUCAUCACCUGUCAUGGUUCCCGAGGGAGGAUUUAAAGGAGCUGAGCUCAAACGUCGAAAGAGUGCUGGACAUUCGACUCGACCUGGCUCUGGUGAGGUUGAGAAACCUCCAGUCGCACUUGAACCUGUGGAAUAUGUCCAGAUGGAGGAAGAUGUUCUGCUACCUUUUGUCGAGAGACCUAUGGAAGUGCAAGAGCUCACUGAGCACCCAGCCAAUGAGAAAUUGUUCAAACUUUUGAAAGCUGCUUUCCCCAAAGAUCCUGCUCGACCCAAUUGGAGAGAAAUCGAACCAAAUCAAUGGAACUGGGAAGAGUUAACGAAACAUCUCACCAAGAUUGAUCGAGCUGAAUCACCGGAUUAUGACUGGAUAUAUCGUACUCGAGAAGCGGUUCGAGCAAGAUCCGUUGCGCUAUGGGAAAAGCUAGGAGUAUGCCUAGGAUGUGACGGCGACCUCUUAAACGCGGGAGGUGAAGAUGAUAUUCCUUUAUCAUGGGGUGGUCUAGGACUUGGAGAUGAAGGUGAAUAUGAUCCGACAAUGAAUCAAGUAUGGAUUGAAGGACUGGAACCUGUCGAUCCCAAUGAAACCUCAAGAGCGGAGAAAGCAUUAGCAGCUGCGUUUGGUGAGAUUGUUGAAGAUGAGGAUGAACAAGCUGCUACUGAGAUGAAUGCUUUAUUGCAUCCUGGUGGUAAAAUGGAUAUCGUAGGUGAAGAAAAUACGACACCUAUUCAAGGUCAAUUCACAACAGCGCAAAAAGCAGGGAACAAAGAUAAAUUCGAUCCAUUCAUUUCACCUUCAAACCAACUAAAACAUCUACCUACUAUACCAACAAACAAGCGCAAUAACAGUAUGAGUGUCAAUGGCAAUAAAAACGGUAGAUCAAAAUCAUUCGUUGGAUUACAGAUUUGUACUUCACCCACUAUCGCAUCAAAAGAACAUUACGUUCCAAGAUCUCCCUCGAGUCAAUUACAAACUCCUGUUCUCGGUUCAUCAGAAACUUUACCAAUGUAUGAACGAGGACCUGGAUCACCAUUAUUCCCUUCGAGUUUCAGUACAUUGAGCGCCGAACCGAAUUUAGGUAGAAGUGCAAGUGUAGCCAUUCACGGGGCUAGACCGAUUCACGAUGAUUUGAGAGGGUUCGGAGGUGGUACGAGAGGUUUAACUAGGAAGCCAAGUGGUGCAGGAUUGAGUGAGAGUGCAAUCACAUUUGCAAGUGAGAGUGAUUAUGCUCAUUCACACCAUGAUGGUCAUUAG